AUGACCGGCUCCAUGGGCGACCUUAACCUCGACGACGAUUUGGACUACGCGCUUCGAGGCCUGGGCGAGGAGUCGCGUCGGCUGACGUUCCAUCUUGAACCUCGCAGUUUUCUCCAGAAGUUUCCAUCAACGAGAUCAUCCGGUGAGCUUCCUUUGACAUCAGAAGCGAAGCAUUCCACAGUUACUUGCCCGCCAACGUACUCUUCCUCUGAAGAUUCAUUCACCUAUGAUGGUAAAGACAGCGAGCCUGACGUCCCUCUGCUUUUCACCGAGAAGGGCGAGGAUCUGGAAUACCAGCCGAAAAGUACCGAUAUAACGCCGUCCAAGUCUCGCUGGCAGCAAUAUCUCGAUGGGAUCUGGAUGCUGAUCUCGAUAGCGAUAUGGCAUUUCACCGCCACCUCUAGCUUGCUGUAUGCGUCGACUGGUCCACCGUUCCGUGCGUUCGAAGCCGUACGUAUCCCCAUCCGCCAAGUUCUCCCGAUAUGCAUCUACUUUGCGGGCUUCCUGUUGCUGGGCAAUCUUUCGCUUGCUUUGAACGACAUCGAUUUCUACCAGCUCGCCAAGAUCAUGACCACACCAACCGUGGUCGCAUUGAGCUACGUGCUUUUUCGCAAGAGAAUCACCUCAGCUGCAUUCCUUGCCGUUGUUAUAACCUGCUUCGGCGUGGCACUGGUGACGGCCAAGAGCUUCCACACCAACGCGACGGGAACCGUUGUCGCCAUCGCGGCUUUCACAGUCACGGCCCUCUACCAAGUGUGGAUCGGCAAGAAAAUCGAGGAACUCAACCUUUCACCACCUCAGCUACUCCUAAACCAGGCUCCAGUGUCUGUCGUGCUUCUUUUACUGGUUGCGCCCUUGGUGGACACCGUCCCUGAUUUUAGCACUGUGUCUUCGAGCGUCUCCCUCGCCCUUUUUGGUUCCGGCUUCGUGGCCAGCUUACUCAAUUUGUCGCAGUUCUUUAUCAUUGGCCGCACCUCGACCUUGACCUUCAAUGUCAUCUCCCAGGUCAAGACAAUUCUCAUCAUUGGCAUAAGCUGGGCGUCGACUGGGAAGAUUUUGAGUCUAGUCGAGACUGUUGGCGUUUGCAUGGCCUUGGGAGGCGCAUGGGCCUACACGCAGACGGCGAAGCGCUCUGGAUAA